CCGCGCGUACCGGUCCCGUGCCGACUGCGCGUUUACACCUCGUGUUACGACAUACAACAUAAAUAGCUUUACCGAAACGAUUCUUUUAACCUCUGUGACCCUAGUAACUACAAGGUUUAAAAGGUUACAAGGUUACAAAGUUCUUUCAUGGUACAUCUACUGGCAGAUAUUCUUAUCGUGUACCAGUCUUACUACCUACCUACUUCUAAUAGCAUAAUAUCACAUAAUAUUUUGUAAAACGAACUUUGUACCUUCAUAGUUACUGCCAGCGCUCCUAGCGGCAACAUUCCAAAUUAAUUGAUCCAUUCUUUCGUGCGGCGCGGCAGGCCGUUUAUGAAAUUACGCGUUCAACAAAUAACUAUUAUUAUAAUAUGUAUUGGCUGAUUCUAUACGGGAAUACUAUAACAUUGUGCUAGACAUAUUAUUACAUACUUACUUGUAUAAAAGUUAAAAUCAAUUAUAAUGGAUAAACCGAAUGACUGUAAAGACUAUCUACCUACAGAAAACUCAUCACUGUAACUGUAAAAGUGUAAACGCAGUGAAAAAACUUUAAUCACUGUAGGUACCUCGUAAAAAUAAGGGCCUUGCGUUAAAGUAUGACGUCCGAAUUACGUUUAGUACAGGAGAUAGAGAAACAUGAAUGUCUGUACAACUCCAAUUUGCCUGAAUACAACCGCAAAGAUCUGACAGACGAAGCAUGGGGCCGUGUAUCUUAUGCCACUAACUUAACAAUGACCGAAUGUAAAGAAAAAUGGCGGAACAUUCGAAGUUCACUUCUUAGAAGCUUGAAACCCAGCGAGAAAACUAAGAAACCUUACUACUUAAGUUCAUACUUGACCUUCGUUUUACCAUUCAUGAAACCACUGAACACCUUAGAACUCAGGGAAGAUAUUUUUCCUUUAUGUGCUUCCAUUGGAAGUGGUUCUAAAGAUAGUGAGGUCUAUAUAUGUGCUGUAAAAUCAGAAGAGGACGCGCAGAAUAUUUUCAACGAUUCAAUAAACGAUGCGCAAGAUACUGAAGACCAAUCGGAUCCAUUACGUCAACUUAAUUCAUCAGCCACUCGUAAAAGAAAAAGAAAUAAUAAUAGUACAUCAACUCGGAAAACAAAAACUGAAGAACCAGCUCCAGCCCAACAAAUACUUGAACAAGAACCUCCACGUACAAAUCUAGAAUCUAUGCAUUACUUCCUAAUGAGUCUUAUACCAGAAUUCGAAACCAUGUCAGAGGAGCAGACGAGGCUGUUCAAAAUUAAAGUGAUGAUGCUACUAGAUGAUAUCAAAUCUAAUUAUGACAAAGUGAAACAAUCUAUGUCAUCGUCUACUGAAUCAGAUCGUCUUAGUAAACGACUCAUAAAUCUACUUGUUAGAAAUCUUGAAAAGCAAACGUAGUUUUAUACUAAUUAUCAUUUCUUUAGAAGGAAUUAAAUUGUACCUACAUUGUACUAAAGCUAAAUGCCAAAGUCCAGUAAUAAGAUAAAAGGUAUAA